GGCCAAAGCCAAGCAACAGAGCGGCUCCGCGGGGAGCGACGGCGAAUGACGCUAACAACGCCGUCCGGUAAAGAUAACGGGAGGGCUGCUCCGUUUCAAAAUAAGAACCGAAUUCAAACUGCCGAAUACAGCACCCGCGGUGUAUUUAUUCGCUAGGCGGUUUUUGAUGAUGCUAGACGAUUCGGUGCGGUAUCGGUAAGCAGAGUGUGUGACAUUUAUUAUCGUGUGCGUGUGUGUGGUGAAGCAUCGAACCAUUGCCAUUUGCAACUGCGGUGAGGCUUGCAGGCGCCUGCACCAACAUGUUUAUCAACAAAGCGGACCGGACGAGCUGGCUGUGACGCGCUAUCCCGCCCUACUUCUCCCCUGCCCUAGCAAAUGAAUGAACAAGCGAUGGAAAAGCAGUACCACGAGGUAGCGGCCCGUGCAGUGUUGGGCUACCUCUACGACCACGACAUGUACAUGCUGGCGGAGCAGUUCUGCAUGGACUGUCCGUACCUGCGGGCGGACCAGGGCUCCUUCGAGCUGGGCCGCAUCCCGGUGAACGUGCUGCAGAAGCCCCUGCAGCAAGUGAUGAAGGAAUUUAUCGCGAUGCAAUCGCAGCUCCUGCAGCUGGUUAAUCUUUGCAGCACCGUCGUUGCCUUUCCGCACACCGACUCCACGAUGGUGCUGGUGGACCAUCUGAUCAAUGUGCUGAAGUCGUCCGGCACGGGCCCGGUGCUCGAUGCGGUCAUUACCACCCUGCCGGCCUACAGUGCCGCCUGGGCCGACAGUCAGUCACCGCCACCGUCACACCCGACGCCACCACCGGCAGCAGCGGGCCCGCCAACCGUGCUAAACACGUCCGACUCGAUGCAGGACAGCAACGUCUCCACCAUCUCGGUGCAGAGCCGGCUCGAGGAGGACAUCAGCAUGAUGCCGGUCGAUCUGAGCAUGAUCGAGACGGUCGCACCGGACCCGCUGCCGACCAGCGCCCACAAGCGCCCGCCCGUUUCCGCCGAUCAACCAGUGCCGGUUGAGCAGCAGCACCCGUCGCCCGCCUGCGGGCUAGCACAGCAAUCAAACUCGCCCGCCGUCCGAUCACAUCCCCAUCAACACAGCAAACCAUCGCCGGUAACGGUUACGCUGCAAUCGCCGCAGGAAACCGAACUGCUCGCGACCAACCCGCCCCAGGUGGCGCCGGUCGGAGCGAGUGACGAAAAUGUGCCGCCCGCCGCCACCACCACCACCGCCGCCAGUGUGACGCUGGCCGAUCCACCCCGCUCCAAUGCGACACCGCUGGACAACCCGAUCGUGCCCGGGACGGCCAGCUCGCGGUCCACCUCCAGCCGGAAGCGGACGCACAUCCGCAUACUGGACUUUGGCACGCCGCCAUACAAGCGCGGCAGCCCGUCGACCAGCGGAUACAGCAGCUCGACCGGCCGCCGCCUGUCACCCCCGCCAAAGGCCGUUACGCCCACCGUGCGUCCCAGGCCCGUGCUGAAGCUGCCGGUGACCGAGGAGGAGCAAGCGACGCCGGCGCCGCCGCCUGCUCACCCACCACCGCCAGCUCAGCCACCUUCACCUCCACCGCCGCCACCUGUUCAGCCAUCAUCACCACCACCUCCACCACCACCACCACCGUCCGCUACAACCGAACAACCGCAGCCAAAGAAAGAGAUCGUGCAGCGGCAACGAAGCAAGCGGGCCGUCGCGAGCAAACCGGAGACGGAAACGAUACCGCCGAGUAAAAUACCUACGCCCCCGGCCAAAGUGCCCGCCGCAACGGAACCGGCCCCAACCACCUCCUCCUGUCAGCCAACCACCAGCAGUGCGAUGGUUCCACCGAACCCCCCCAAAGAGGCACCGGCGCCGUCCAGUAGUACAAAGUCGCCGAGACGCGCUACCACCACCAGUCAGCCACCAAACCAGCAUCACACCAAAGCAAAGGAGGUGCCAGUGAGUGUGCGGCCACCGUCCCGCUCGCCGCCCCGCUCGCUGCUGCCGCCCGGGACGCCCGGCUGCCCGGUCGAUCCGCUGGCCGUCUACCCGAUGACGCCCCGGUUUCUGACCCGGCCGCUCCAGCCGCUCUGCAUGCUGACGCCGCUGCUCGGCCCCCUCGACAUAAGCGGCGUCAGCCAGCUCAAGUCGGGCAGCCACUCGAAACCGUCCGACAUCAACACGCCCGGCUACCCGAUCACGCCAGGGUGUGCGAGCACGCCCUCGCCACCGCCGGACAGUGGCCCCGGUGUGUCGUACUACGAGGGCGGCAAACCCACGGCACCCCCGGCACCCAGCGCCGAGCGGGCCGAAGUGGGCGCGCCGGGGGAUGACGGCGAAGCGUCCGACGGGGAGGAGGCAGGGCAGUACUUCGAGCCACAGCUGACGCUGGCGGCCGGCAGCGAGGAAAUCAGGGUCGUCCACCAGCGGGAGGGCAGACGCCGGCCCGGCACGUUGCGCGAGCGGGACAGCGAGUACGAGGAGCGGCUGGCGUCGCGCAUCGAGAUCGACAACGGGCAGCGGGUGUUCCAGAUUGCCAUCGCGCCCAUCAUUAAUCUGUUCGAAAAUGGCACCAGGUAGUGGUAGGAGGGGAACCGGCGGGGGGGGGAGGGAUCUUAUUCCCACGUGUAAAGAUAUAUAUAUUUUUUAAGUCGUAUUUAUAAGGGAGCUUCAUUGUGUGCUCCAAUAUAGGUAGCCUAUUUCGUGCAGGCAUCUCUUCGGGCGAAGAAGUUAGUGCGAGGGAACCAUAGCUUAAGCCUCCGUGCUCUCCAACCUUUUUCAGCAUCAUGGACUACUUCUGCAGCUUUGCUUUUCUAUAUUUUUUGAUAUUUUUUCCGCGACCCACAUAUAUUGAGGCCAUAUACAGUGGAACCCCUCAUAACGAAUUUUGUUUUUUCGCGUAACGCAUAAAUACUCAACGAGUACAAUCAUGCCUAACUAGCAAUUUCAUUCGUGUACAGGAUACGUAUUUUAGGAACUGAUCUGAAAUCAUAAUCAAGCUCGGGGCUAUUUGCAAUUCAUGAAUUAUUUAAUUUUCACUAUCCUUCUUGCAUAUGAGUUUCGAUAUAAUCAACAAUCAUUUAGUACAGGGGUCUCCAAACUAGUUACGAGUUUAGUUGGGAAAAAUCCGAAGUCGACCCCGCUCCGACUCCGGGAUGGUAGGUUCGCUCAGCAUUAUCCGGAGCUGUUCGAUAUCGUCUGUCAUCCCGAGUCGCUUGGAGUCGUCUGGAUGCGAAGUCAUGCAGAAUCUUCCAGAGUAAUCCAGAGUCUUGCGGAGUCGACUCCGAAUUCUGACGACUUCGAACGACUCCAAAUUCGAACGACUCCGAACGACUCCGGACGACUCAUCUGGAAUCUUUCAGAGUCAUCCGGAAUCUUCCGGAGUCCGACUCCAGGCAACUGCAGAUGACUCCGAACGAUUCCGACUCCGGACCACUCCGAAUGACUCCAACUCCGGACAACUUCGGACGACUCCGGACGACUCUGGACGACCACGGAUGACUCAAGAUCACUCCGGAAGACUCCGGACGCCUGUGGACGACUCCGACUCCGGACGGAAUUAGUGGUUCCCAUUUUGCCAGAGUCAGAAUCUGACUAACAAUUGUCGGAGUCGGAUCAAAGUCGUAGGUGCUCUCCAGAGAGCACAUCACUUCUCCAAACUACAGCCCGCUGGAGUCUAUAAUGACUUUGCUAAGGUUAAAACGAUUUGUCUAGUUUGUUGACUAUGUCAAUCGAUAUUUUGACUUCUAUCAAGCAUGUUCUUAUCAAGUUCACCCAUCAGCAAAAAGUAACUGUCACAAUGGCCCUCUCAGAUUUGGAGAUUUGAUCAACGCAUUAACUACCAACUGCUGCCACUUGGAGGAGUUUCGUAUUACUACCAACUCUUCCUAGACAUAAACCAAUAGCAGAUGGUUAAUCGUGCAGGCAUAUUAUAUACUUUACAGCAUAGGAGAACUACGGCUCAAAUAACUUUUAUGCAUAAAUUAUUAAUUGGAGAUUUUGAUGCACCUGACAUUUUAAAUUUUAUUUGCUUUUCUACUCCCUCUAGAGGUCUUAGAAGUAGAGAGCUACUAAGAAGCCCUUUUAGAUCGACUGGUUUUGGUGCCAAUGAUCCACUGCUCAAAACUUGUACUCUGUAAGCAUUAAGUUAUUUAGGCAUACUGCCCGAUAACUUUGAUUCAAAUAAAUAAAUAAAUAAAUAUUCUUGCAAACGAGAUGUCUCGUUUUUAAUCCAA